AAGGCUGUCACAAUUUUGUUGGUCAUCUUAUUCGCUAAAACAUUUAUUGUAAUUUCGCACAGAUAUUUUCCUCAAAUCAUUGUCUGUUUAAUUUAAUAAAAAUACUACAAAAUGAAUAUGGAACUUGUGCGCAAUGUGCCGAAAGGUGGCUUUAACUUUGACAACUGCAAAAGAAAUGAAAUGCUGCUUAGCUCCGGUUUCCAACAUCCAAAGACUGUAAAAACAGGCACCACAAUUGCAGGUAUUAUAUUCAAGGAUGGCGUAAUACUUGGAGCAGAUACACGCGCCACUGAAGGUCCAAUUGUGUCGGAUAAGAAUUGUUCCAAAAUUCACUAUCUGGCUAAAAAUAUGUACUGCUGUGGUGCCGGUACUGCCGCCGACACAGAAAUGACAACCGAUCUGAUUGCAUCGCAAUUGGAAAUGCACCGUCUAAAUACUGGUCGUCAAGUACCCGUUGUGGCAGCCAACACGCUGUUGAAACAAUUUUUAUUCCGCUAUCAGGGACACAUUAGCGCUGCUUUAGUUCUUGGCGGUGUUGACAAGACUGGCUCCUACAUUUAUUGCAUACAUCCGCAUGGUUCGACCGAUAAGCUGCCAUAUGCAACAAUGGGUUCGGGCAGUUUGGCGGCAAUGUCUGUGUUUGAGUCACGUUGGAAGCCCGACAUGACCGAAGAAGAGGGCAAAUUGCUUGUGCGCGAUGCUAUUGCGGCUGGUGUCUUCAAUGACUUAGGUUCUGGUUCGAACAUCGAUUUAUGUGUUAUACGCAAAGAUUCCGUCGAUUAUUUGCGCAACUACGAGCUAGCCAACUUGAAAGGCAAACGUCAUGGAGAUUACCGCUUUAAACCUGGCACAACUGAACUAGUCGGCAAGGAAGAAAUAAUUGAAGUUGUACCCUUUGAAGCUUUUCACAAAAAACUGUAUGGUGAUGAAACAGCUGAAGCUAUGGAAGUUGGUGCUUAACCUAUGAGGUGUCACAGUGUGCAUGUGAAAACAUACGAAAAUUAAUUAAAUCUUGGUUUUUGCAAAUAAAAUAGUUUUUAAA